AUGACUUCCGAUGAUGGCAUGAGCUGGGGUGGGGCAUGUAUCCUUUACACUAUUGUGAUUUUCCAGAGGAAAUGUGAUAACUUGCUCCUGCGAACUUGUGUUGGACACAACUCCAGGAUGGAAAAUAAGGAACUACUUAUCCCAUAAACACAAUCUGGACAAGCUUUAUGAAAUGCAAUAAGAUCCCAUUGACCAGAAUGAGGUGCCAGAUAGACAUUUUCUGGUCACAGAGGUCUGUGCAACUUCAGAGACUUUGUUUUUUGUUUUUUUGCAGUGUUGCGUAAUUACUUAUUGUAUUUAAAUAAUCUGUUGAUUAUUAAAUGAGAACGGAGAGCACUUUUUGUUAGUUAGAACCGCCUCUUUUAUACCAUCAAGCCAAUGUCGCAAUUGAUCCUUUUUAAUUAACAUUGUAUUUAUGCUUCAGCUACAGUUAUUCCUUAAUUAAAGAUGCAUCCAGACUUGUCACCCCAUCUCCACACUGAUGAGUGUAAUGUGAUCAUUAACAUGCUGAAGCAGUGUCACCUAGAUGUGAGUAUUAUUUACAUGUACUUCUACACAUUUAGCAUGUUUGUUGUAUUGAAUAAAAUCUUUAGAAAAAUGUUCUAGGAACCCUGGCACUUUACCCCCCCCAAUCUAAGUAGUCAAACUGUUUUAGAAUGUUUUGACUUCUUACCUGCCAUUCAAUACUGCUAGGAGCUUCUGUUAGCUCUCAUGAGGUAAGCCAUACAGUGCAGGGCUAGCUCAUUGGCAGGGAUUAUUAAUGGUCACUCUCAGUCAACGCGCUAAGUCCGACACCCUUGGGCUUCUGGCUCUCCUUUGGAAGCAGGGCUAAGCAUUGGUAAGGCGUUAAACCGUUCUAAAAUGGUUUAACUACUUACAAUGGGGGUGGCAUCAGGCACUCCUGGCACCAUAACCACUGCAGCAUGUUUUGAGUGUUUAUUUAACCCAGACAGAGAACUUCUUGCUCUCUUUUAAAAGUAGUAGAGGCAGGGCAAACUGUCAGGUAGACCCUAGCUAAGAGAUAAAAACUUUCUAAACUACAGCGUGCUGUAGUGGUUAUAAUGUUUGGAGUGUGACUUUAAAGAUAGAUUUAUUUAUUUUAUUUUUUUCUCGAAGGAGUACAGACCAUUGAUGAUAGCCUCUCCAAUGAAUGUGGCAUUCUCCUCUAGUUGCAUAUAUUUUUCAUGACUGGUUGAAGAGUUCCCAGUUGAUGGAACAGUAGAUCAGAGUGUUUCUAAACACAGCUUCUAUAGGGACUGGGCACUUAUAUAAGACUGUAACGCUUGCCCUAGCUUGUAUUUUGACUGUCAUUCAGAAAGGGGGGAUAUUUUUCUCUCAGAACUGAGAACUGUUUUAUUUCUACACUUCUGUGAGAUUUUAAAUUUAUAUUCAGUGUAUUUUUGUAACAAAGAAGAUUAAAGGGACACUAUAGUAACCAAAAUAACAUUAGUUUAAUGAAGCAGUAUUGAUGUAUAGUCAGUGUUUCCCAACCCAGUCCUCAAGGCACACCUACCAGUCCAGGAUUUAGGGAUUACCCAGUUGUGUCUAAACACCCUGUAAUCCCUAAAUCCUAGACUGGUAGGUGUGCCUUGAGGACUGGGUUGGGAAACACUGGUAUAGAUCAUGGUCCUGCAGUCUCUCUGCUCAAUUCACUGCCAUUUAGGAGUUAAAUCACUUUUUUGUUUCUUUUUAUGCAGCCCAAGCCACACUUCCCUUUGCUGGGACUGACAGCAGUCUGCAUGUAAAAUUGGUAUCCUUUUUAAUCAGACGUAAAAGAUUUUAUCUCCUGUUCUGUAAAUUUAGCCUUAAUUACAUACAGGAGGCUCCUGUAGGGUCUAGCAAGCUAUUAACAGAGCAGGAAAUAUGAAAUUCUAAAUUAAACAAAAUUUGAAUAAAGGAAGUGUAAACAUUAGAUGACUCUUUACAGGAAUUGUUUAGGAAGUCUGUGUGUCACAUGCAGUUUAGGAGUUAAAACAAAUUGAUUUAACUCCUAAAUGGCAGAGCAUUGAGAUUGUAGGGACAUAUACGCCAACAUUGCUUCAUUAAACUUAAGUUGUUUUGUGACUAUAGUGUCCCUGUAAAGAAAAUCAAUUGUCUUGCCUCUGUUUUACUGCAAGGAAAGAACAGGUGCUUUUUAUAAUUUCAAAUUUUUUUUUAUUUAUUUUUUUUGUCAUUAACAUAUUUAAACUAUUUUGAUUUGCAGAACAAAUUUCUGAAAUAUUUUGGCCAGUGCAAUGAUAUUAAUCGAGACAUGCUAAAAUGCUUAAAAAAAGAGGUAUGUUGUACAGUAUAACGCUUAGCUAGAAACCAUUACAUUGUUUUACGUCCUAAUUAAGUAUCCUAAGGAUGCACAUUAAUCAAAAUUGCAAUAAAAUACUUUUAUUUAAAAUCACAAUAUAAAAAAUCCACAUUACAACAUAAAGUGCGUAAAUAGCACCAUAAAGCACAACAAUUCAACCCAAGCCUAGUUCAGAGUAAACACAUACACAUUGUCAAUAAAACCCCUGCCAACGUUCUGGCACAUGAUUUCAGGGGUGUUGUGUAAGCAACUCACUUGAUUUUGAAAAAAAGCAUCUUAUGUUAAAAUGUUGGAUGUAGGUUCAUUGAAUCAAUGCUUUCCUAUGGGGGCUUCUGUAUAACGUGACCGAGUAUUAAGUGGUCAUUGUCAAGGAAGUGCCUCUAGUGGCUGUCAGGAAGACAGCCACUAGAGGUGUGUUGAACCCCGUAAUGUAAAUAUUACAGUUUCUAAAAAAUAAACAAACAUGGAAAGAUUAAAACUAAAGGACCACUGCACCCAGAUCAAUUCAUUGAGAUAAAGUAGCCUUGUUAACUUUAGUGGCUCUUUAAUUGUGUGGACUGUAGCACUUUAGGGAGUGCACUAUAGGAUAGCUUGAUGCCUUCCUGCAUCUUUCUUUUUGUAAGUACCUUUCAAUCACACGCCACAUUCAAUAAAAUAGAAACAACUACUUCAAUUUAUCUGAUUAUUUUAUCUAUAUUCUAUUGAAUCUAGCACAUACAUUAGUACCUACAGUAUGACUUGCUGAUGAAACCUAAUGGUAUAUGCUUGCACAGUGAAGUGUGUGUGUGUGUGUGUGUGUGGUGUGCACAGAGAAGAUCCAUGUAGUAGCAGCACACCGUAAAUAUCAGUCACUCUGUGAAUAUGAAUGUUUGUUUUUUAAAUUUAUUUAUUUUUAUUUUUUUAAAUGAUAUAAAACCUGCAAAUGGUUUUGUAUACAGAACCAAAAAUAUUUAUGUUGUAUUAUGUUUAAUAGAAAAUGAUUCUCUGGACAUGAAUUCCACUCCGUACUCCUUAUGCAGCACCAUCGAUAAAGACCCAAUAUAGAUCUUACUCGUGAAUUCGCAUAAACUAAAUUGUGAAUCCACAAUAAGAAGUAUACAAUUAUUUUUACAAUGAUAUAGGUAUCAGAGCAAUACAGAGGUAAGCAGGACAGCAGCAACAUCUAAACAAAGCAGCGAUUAAAAAUAUCUUCAGUGCCUUUUAUUAUCAUGGCUGCGCUUCUCCUAUACUCUCACCCCACCACUUGCCCUCUUGAUCCUAUCCCGUCUCACCUUAUCAGAUCUCUCUCUUCUAGUGCUAUCCCUGCUGCCCUUAAACAUGCUACUGUAGUACCUAUCUUUAAAAAAAACAUCUCUUGACCUCCCCUUCUAACUAUCAUCCCAAAUCCCUGCUCCCUUUUCCCUCAAAGCUUCUGGCAAGACUGGUCUUUACCCAUCUGACUUGUUUCCUCAAGUCCAACUCUCUCCUUGACCCUCAUCAGUCUGGCUUCUGCCCCUCCACUCUACUGAGACUGCUCUUAUUAAAGUCACUAACGACCUAAUCACAACUAAAUCCAAAGGGCACUACUCCAUACUAAUUCUUCUUGACCUCUCUGCUGCCUUUGACGCUGCUGACCAUGUUCUACUUCUCCAAAAUCUUCAAUCACUCGGUCUCUGUGACCCUGUUCUCUCUUGGUUUUCCUCCUAUCUCUCCCAACGCUCAUUCAGUGUCUCCUUUUCUAAUGAUACCUCCUCCCUUCUUCCUGUCUCUGUUGGAGUCCCCAAAGGCUCUCGACUUGGUCCCCUUCUAUUUUCUCUUUAUACUGCCUCUCUUGGCAUACUUACUACCUCAUUUGGAUUCCAAUGUCACCCGUACGCUGAUGACACGCAGAUAUACUUCUCCUCCCCGGAACUCUCCGCUGUCGUCCUGCAACGUGUCACUGCUUGCCUUUCUUCCAUCUCUAGUCAGAUGUCCUCCCGCUUUUUGAAACUCAUUCUCUCUCUAAAACUGAACUCCUUGUCUUUUCUCCUCCUAAUACUGAUCCGCCUCUCUCGCUCUUCCUUCCAGUUGAUGGUACCCACAUCAGCUCAUCCUUGCAAGCACGUCUUGGUGUUAUAUUUGAUUCUGGCCUCACAUUUGAGCCGCACAUCCAUUCUGUUACCAAAUCCUGUAGAUUCCACCUUAAAAACAUAAACAUCCGCCCUUUUCUUACGCAAGAUGCUACUAAGGAGCUUGUCCAUGCUCUAGUAAGCUCUUGCAUGGAUUAUUGUAACUCUCUCCUAAUAUUACUUCCCACAAGUCGUAUUGCCCCGCUACAGUCUGUAAUAAAUGCUGACGCCAGACUGAUUUUCCUCUCACACCUCUUCUCUGUCAGUCCUUACAUUGGCUUCCUGUAUCCUAUAGGAGUCAAUUCAAAGUACUAACCCAUACCUUUAAAGCACUGACCAAUUUUAGCCCCUCCUAUAUCUCCUCACUGAUCCGCAGGUAUGCCCUUUCUCGGUCUCUCCGCUCUGCCCAUGAACUUCUCCUGUCCACUGCUCACACCCAUACGGGCAACUCACACUUGCAGGACUUCUCGUGGGCGGCUACCUUCCUAUGGAAUAGCCUGCCUACAACCAUCAAGCUGUCCCCUAGUCAUAUGGAAUAUGCUGGCGCUAUAUAAAUACCAGUAGUAAUAAUAAUAAUUAAUAAAUGUUGCUUCUAACUGGUGUUGGCUCUUGGACUUUCUAUAAAAGAAAACAAAAAAACAGUGCUAUUGUGGUCAUAGUGCUUGAAGUAACAAUUUCAGGAAGCUAGUUAAACACUUGACACCUCAAGGGGCAAUGGAUAGGAGAAGAUAUUUAAAGGGGCUAGGUAUAAACGUGGAGGGGGGGAAUGAAAACCAUAAGGGACACUUGUGGGAGUAGGAAGCAACAUAUAAAUGGUGCUAUAACUAGACACUUAAAGAAGGCCCAGAUGGACACCCUAGGUAUUUUAACUGCUUCAUCUCGUUGAAGUGGUUAUAGUUCUUGGAAUCUUCAGUCAUCGUCCUGCCCAUUCAGUGUUAAAUGCCUGAGCGGUAGUGGGAAGCCGUGAGAAUGUCAGCUGACCACUUUCCUCCUACCACAGUCAGCAUCCAAUAGCACUCCAACUUUGUCUUCCAGCCCAAAUCCUCAUAGGCCAGCACAAUUUACACCUGUCUAUGCACAGUUUGUUACUGAAGCAGAGCAGGAGUAACAAGCGUUGUAUAGAAGAGCAAGUAGUGACCUAAUUAUUGUUUUGUUUAUUUCCCCCUCAGUAUGAAACCAAAAGAGAUCAAAAUCGUGCCAAAUCUGAGGCAAUGAGACAAAGGCGCCACCAAGCACAAAAAGAAGCCGAAAAUUGA